UAUUCACAGCAGCCACUUUGUUCGUUUUCUUCCUAUAAAUCACACAGAUCCCAAUCAAACGCCCAAGUAAAUACAUACACAUACUUACGCACACAUUUAUAGAAAGAGAAUGGUUGUUGAUUAAGCUGAGGUGGGGUGUGAUGGGGGGUAGGAGUGGGUGGUGUGCCUCAAGAACACCACAGAUUACAUCUGAUAAGUCUAUAGUACAUAGCAUAAUAAUGCUCAAAUUCCGGCCAAUUGCACCGAAACCUCCCGGCGGAGAAGCGGUUUCCAGUGGUAUUUUACAAGAGAAAAGUACAAAAAAUGGAAGAGGAAAGAGAAAGUACGUUAGGGUUCGAGGGCGGCGCCGGCAGAAUAAUGAUCAGUGCAAGAAAAGAAGAAGCAAAUCUGAACCUGCUAAGGAAUUAGGAAAUGAAGAUAGGCCAUCGGAAAACAGUAUGGUGAGACUUCAACUAUUGCCAGAGAGAUCAAGUCAUAACGUGGAUUUUCUCCAAAAUCUUGAAGAUGGUGAUGGAAAAUCUCGAGACGAUCAUAAGAUGAUGAUGGGUUUUGGUGGGCAGCUGGGAGGCUGGAGAGAGGCCUUGGAUCCCUCAGUGUGUCAGAGAGUAGAGGUUGAGCGUGGACUGGUUGAAUCACAAAAGAAUAUGAUUAGAGCUCUUCACGAAGAAAGAGAAGGCCUUCAUUAUAUUGCCAGAGAAGCCGCUGUGGAUAUAAUCGAAACAUGGAUUAACAUAGAAUGUUUUACAGAUGCGAUCAUGGAAGGAAUAGGUAUAGGGUUUUCAGACAAAGAAAAGCUCAGUAAUCUACAUAUAGAUACAAAUCCGGGAUUUGUAUCCGACAACUUGAACAAUGUAUUGUGGGUUAAUGAGGCCUACAAGAGGAUGGUAACGCGUGAAGAAAAUCAAGAAUCAGCAGCACAUGAAUUUAGGGUAUAUUUACUGAUUAAAGAAAAAAAUAUGCCUUAUUAUUGGCCAGAAUUUGCAUGCAGAGUGAGGGUUGAGUAUAAUUGGAAUGGACGCAAGUGUACAAGAACAGUGCCAUGUGAUGUUUGGAGAAUGGAAUUUGGAGGUUUCGCAUGGAAAAUGGAUUUAAAGGCUGCACUAAGUUUAGGCCUUUAGAAGGUAUAUAAACUAAUUAGUAAUUAUCAAGUAACAUAAGGAAUGAACUAAUGAGCACUAGUGCUCUUUCUAUGUUAAACACUUGUAACAUGACAUAUUAAUUUAUUGGCGAAUAAUCUUAUGGAGA